ACGUGAAUGCAGCACUCCUGGCAGUUUCUGUGCGCUUGCAGCAGCGGUCCAGUCAGCACGGCCUGAAAACAGCACAUAACGGGUCAAUGGCCGUGGAUCUGAACCAGUGGUCCGGGCCUCUCGCCUUGCAGGAGGUGGAGGAAAAACCUGGAAAACCUCUGACGGUUAAAUACGGCUCUGUGGAGAUAGACGAGCUCGGAAAAGUGCUCACUCCAACGCAGGUGCAGAGUCGACCCACCUGUAUCGAGUGGGAAGGAAGUGACCCCAGUAAACUGUACACCUUGGCCCUGACCGAUCCAGAUGCCCCCAGCAGGAAAGAUCCCAAAUUUAGGGAGUGGCACCACUUUUUGGUGGUCAACAUGAAGGGGAAUGAUGUGUCCUCUGGCUAUGUCAUGUCUGACUAUGUUGGCUCAGGUCCUCCCAAGGGCACAGGUCUGCACAGAUAUGUGUGGCUGGUGUACGAGCAGCCGGGCAGCCUGUCCUGCUCUGAGACCGUUCUCACCAACCGCUCUGGAGAUGGUCGCGGCAAGUUCAAGCUCCAGACUUUCAGAAAGAAGUACAACCUGGGAGCCCCAGUGGCAGGUACCUGUUACCAGGCUGAGUGGGACAACUAUGUGCCUGAACUUUACAAGCAGCUGGCUGGAAAAUAAGAGGCAAAGACUCAAAGAAAGUGUGUUUAGCAGCAGAAAAAUCCCACUGGUCUCAUCCACUGGAAAUGUUCUGUCAUUUAAGAAAAAAGUUAAGUUUUGUGCCACUGUAACAUGUUUAUUCAUGUUUUCACUUUUAUGCAUGCUGUUAUAAGAAUGACACUUUCUCAAAGUAAAGUAACCUGUUCUACCCUGCAAUAAACUGUUUAAACAUCA